AUGAAGGCAAUCUACAGUAAUCUUCAAGAUAUGCGAGAUACCCCCACCAUAAUAUUUGGAUCUUCCGAUGACCACAUACGUAAUCUAUUCCUGGAGUGUUUUAGUGAAAAUAUGCUAAAUGUGCUGGCUUUCAAAGGCUCAGAUAUGGAGUACAUAUACAGCUUCCAGGCAUUUCCCCACUUUAAACUCAUAAAACGAAGGGUAACAAAAGAACUUAGAUAUUUUCAGCCCCAGCUUAAGGAUCUGGGGGGCUAUAGCCUAAGAACUCUACCAGACAACAUAAUCCCGAGGACCGUAGUCUACCGAAGUGCCGAUGGACAUCGCCAGUUGGGUGGGUAUCUCAGCCACUUCAUCCGAAACUAUGUGAGCACCAUAAACGCCACUCUUCAAAUUUGCUGGGAUCUUGUUCCGGAGGAGGGUAUGACCCAUUUGGUUGAUGUUACCAAGCUCUCGGAGAUGUAUGGCAUAGACUUUCCGCUCGGUAUUAAUGGUGUUACCCAAAGGUCUGCAAAACAGGACGUUCCCAUGCAGGUCUCCAGUUGGUAUUUAAUCUUACCCAUGGAACAGUACAUGCCCCGAACUCGUUUCUUUGUUAAACUCGGUUUUCCUUAUCUGCUACUUCUAGUGCUCAUACUUUCAAUAGUCCUUAGAAAUGCCCAUCGCAUAGAAUUGGGCCGCAGUUCCACAUUGAGUUUUUAUUCGUUGGUAUCUAAAGUAAUGCGGGGACUAUUGAGCCAGUCAUUUACAUUACCCAGAGGACUUUCCGCCAAGCUGAUGUUUAUUUACUGGCUAAUCCUGCUUACUGGAUUUUUUUUGAGCAAUUUCUAUACGGCCAAUCUGGAAACCUGGCUCGUUCAUCCACCGCAUGUUGAUCCAAUUCUAAACUGGAAUGAAAUUCGCUGUCGAAAAAUGAAGAUCCUUGUGAUUUCAUCGGAGGCGGAUUACAUGAAGAGCGUAGUAGGCUCAAAGUUUGCAGAUGCCCACAAAGAUAUAUUCCAAAUCACCGACUCGGUGGACUUUCAGAGGAAGCGCAUCCUUUUGGAUGAAACUUAUGCCUAUCCAGUGACCUCUACGUUGUGGCCACUUUUGAAGCAGGCACAAGUUAGGCUACAUCGACCCAUAUUCCGCCGAUCCCGAGAGAUGGUCUUUGUACCGCACCUAAUCCUAAGCUUGAAGCUGCCAAGGAACUCAAUAUUCUACAAGCCUCUCAAAAGAUAUGUCACACUCACAAAGGAUAGCGGUCUAUAUAUGAACUGGUUCAGACGUAGCUUCUACGAGUUGAUGGCCCUCGGCAAAAUAUCCUACAAAGAAGAUAAAAACCAUCAGUUGUAUAAUGAUCUUAAGUGGCAGGACUUUUACUACGUUUGGCUAGCGUUCGUGGGAAAAUCCAUCAUGAGUGUCCUGGUGUUCUUCUCGGAGCUGGGAUACUACAGGUGGAAUGCGAAGAAGACGCACCACUAA